GUUUCACGAUAAGUAGUAGUGGGGAGAAGAGGAUUUAGUAACAACCAGUGGAACAAUAAAGACAGUAUCUACAGGAAUGUCAGUAAUAAGAAGACAUAAAUGAAAGUAGUUGAUCGUCUAUCAAAUAUCCUUGUCAUGAGUAGUUCUAUAGUUUUGUCAACUAAAUUAUAAUAUAAUGGAAGCUAGAUUUACGUGAUUUACUACUUCAACGGCAGAUUUAAUUCUUCUUGGAGUAAUAAUUAGCUACGGGACAUCAAUUAUCACAGCAUUAUUAUAACUUUCGAACUUGGGAAGACGGCGAUAAGAUAGCAAAGGAAAUUAGUAAAAGAAGAUGACGAUAAAAAAAAUCUGUGGAAUAGGCGCCGGAUACGUUGGUGGGCCAACGUGCAGCGUGAUUGCGUUGAAAUGUCCUGAAAUACGAGUAACCGUUGUCGACAAGAGCAAAGAACGAAUAACACAAUGGAAUUCUGAUAAAUUGCCAAUUUAUGAACCAGGAUUGGACGAUGUUGUACGUAAAUGUCGCGGUAAAAAUUUAUUUUUUUCCACUGAUAUCGAAACCGCUAUUAUGGAAGCCGAUUUAAUCUUUAUUUCGGUGAAUACACCAACCAAAAUGUUUGGCAAUGGAAAAGGAAGAGCAGCAGAUUUGAAAUACGUCGAGAGUGCCGCUAGAAUGAUUGCGGAGAUUGCGACUAGUGAUAAAAUAGUUGUUGAAAAAAGUACGGUUCCUGUACGAGCAGCCGAAAGUAUUAUGAAUAUUCUUCGCGCUAAUCACAAGCCAGGCGUUUCAUAUCAGAUUUUAUCGAAUCCAGAAUUCUUAGCAGAAGGAACUGCUAUCGAAGAUUUGGUAAAUGCCGAUCGUGUAUUAAUUGGCGGUGAAGAUUCACCCGAAGGACAAGCAGCUAUAGAGGAAUUGUGUCAAGUCUAUGAGCAUUGGAUACCAAGAGAAAAUAUUUUAACUACUAAUACUUGGAGCUCGGAAUUAUCAAAGCUGGCAGCCAAUGCUUUUUUGGCACAACGUAUAUCGAGUAUAAAUUCUCUGUCAGCUGUAUGUGAAGCUACGGGUGCCGACGUGUCAGAGGUAGCACGAGCUGUUGGUCUUGAUUCUAGGAUAGGCUCCAAAUUUCUUCAUGCAUCGGUCGGCUUUGGUGGAUCGUGUUUUCAAAAGGAUAUUCUAAAUUUAGUAUAUAUUUGUGAAUGUCUCAAUUUGCCAGAAGUUGCAGCUUAUUGGCAACAAGUAAUAGAUAUGAACGAGUACCAAAAGUCACGAUUUUCUGCUAAAGUAAUCGAGUCGUUAUUUAACACUGUCACGGAUAAACGGAUCACCAUGUUAGGUUUUGCAUUCAAAAAAAAUACCGGUGAUACUCGUGAGUCACCUGCUAUUCACGUUGCUAAGACUCUACUCGAUGAAGGUGCUGUUUUACAUAUCUACGAUCCCAAGGUAGAAGAAAUGCAGAUUAUAGAGGAUUUAACGCAUCCAAGUGUAACGGCUAAUCCGAAGCGAGUUAAAGAUCGUAUUAGUAUUUACAAGGACGCUUAUACAGCUACCAAGGAUACUCACGCUAUCGUUUUGUGCACGGAAUGGGACGAAUUUAUGGAACUUGAUUACAAAAGAAUUUAUGCAAGCAUGAUGAAGCCAGCAUAUAUUUUUGAUGGAAGAAAAAUCUUGGAUCACGACACGUUGCAGGGAAUAGGAUUUAUUGUGCAAACAAUCGGCAAAAGACUCACGAGAACUGCGAUUUCAAGAGUGUGGGGAAGUCAAACACAAAUGUAAAGUAAAUAGAAAAUGCUCGUACGUAUGAAUUGAGGACAAAGCGAAAAGAAGUCUAAAAAAAAAGAAUUGAAAAGCGAUUGAAUGAUUACGACGUAUCGGCCGUGGCAUGUGCUAAAGCGGAAAAAGUGAUCAAACUUUUUAUCUGGCUGAAUCGUAUCAGUUCAUUUGGAAAUUGGCAUAUCAUGUUAAAUAAUUUUACCGGAGUCAAAAAUAUUUGCCAGAAAAAUGCGUAACUAGUAGUACGAAUAUAAUGCUGCAAAAAUAUUUAUAAGAAUAUUUAAACAAUUUCACGGCACUGAACUUUAUAUAUAUAUAUAUAUAUAUAUGUCAUCGAACCGCGAGGAUAAAAUAUUUUACAAAACGUUCCACUGCUGUAUUUAAACGUUAUCUUAUCGUUACUAAGAAUAUCAUUUUUAAAUGACAGUGUACAUUUAAAACAAACCUUUAGUAUUAUGUCUGAUC